AACAAGUUUUAACUAUUCAAAAAAUUAAAUUAGAGAAAUAAAGUAUUAUACAGCAAAUAAAUUUUAAUCCUUAGUUGCUCGUUUUAGUUUCAUUUGUGGAGGGGUGGAUGAGAAAAAAAUAAACAACAAUCCCUAAUUGUGAUCAUUUUGAAAGAUUGAAUUAAAAAUCGAUUCUCCUGCAAGAAUCGGUAUCAGUCAAAGCAAAUGGAUUCUCCAUUCAAGGCAGAUGCUCUAAAGGGAAAAGUAGCAUUGUUGACAGGCGGAGGUUCUGGAAUCGGGUUUGAAAUUUCAACUCAGUUCGGUAAACAUGGAGCUUCGAUUGCUAUCAUGGGUAGGCGCAAACAAGUUCUUGAUUCAGCUGUUUCUGCUCUGAAUUCUCUUGGAAUUCCUGCAAUUGGCUUUGUUGGGGAUGUUCGCAACCAUGAAGAUGCAAAGAGAGUUGUGGAUUCAACUUUCCAGCAUUAUGGACAUCUCGACAUUCUUGUUAAUGCUGCUGCUGGAAAUUUUCUUGUUUCUGCGGAGGAUUUAUCUCCUAAUGGUUUUCGAACAGUGAUGGAUAUUGAUUCUGUUGGGACAUUCACUAUGUGUCAUGAAGCACUUAAAUAUCUCAAGAAAGGGGGACUAGGAAGAACUUCAUCUAGUGGUGGUACAAUAUUGAAUAUAAGUGCUACUUUGCAUUACACAGCUGCAUGGUAUCAGAUUCAUGUAUCUGCAGCCAAGGCAGCUAUUGAUGCCACUACCAGAAACCUGGCAUUGGAGUGGGGAACAGAUUAUGAUAUUAGAGUCAAUGGCAUAGCACCCGGUCCAAUUGGUGAUACGCCUGGGAUGAGUAAACUUGCCCCUGAUGAGAUUACAAGCAAAGCUAGAGACUACAUGCCACUUUAUAAACUUGGCGAGAAAUGGGAUAUCGCUAUGGCUGCUGUAUACCUCGCCUCAGAUGCAGGCAAAUAUGUCAAUGGGUCAGUUCUUCCUGUUGAUGGAGGACUCUGGUUGAGCCGGCCGCGCCACUUACCCAAAGAUGCAGUGCGACAACUCUCUCGUGUAGUUGAGAAAAAAUCAAGAAAUGCACCAGUUGGACUUCCUAAGAGCAAACUAUAAUAGUCUAGUAGUCGUUCUACUUGGCUCAUGAUUAUUGAUCAUUGUGUUUUAUCUUACUAAAGGAUUGUUCUAUAUUGAUGUACUAUCGAUGUAGCAGUAAAUUACUAUCGUUUGAUUGUUACAACAACUAUACAUGUAACUUCAUUCACAUUUACAUGCGAAAUUAGAGAGUAUAGCUCAUGAAUUUCCUUAUGUAUCAUAUUCAGAUAUUGAAGACAAUUAUCAUAAUCAUGCAUAUAAUUCUACUACUCUAUCUGCUUAUUUGUUCA